UUAUAUAUAAUGUGAGAUCCCUGAGAACAGCUUUUAUUUGUGUAUUAGGAUUAUAGGGCCAGCCAUGGCCCCUGGGUCGAGGGAAAGCCGGCCGGAGAUGUUACAAGGUUUUGCGAGUCUGCUGUGUUUACUCGUAGUAACUUCAGUGAAAGGCGACUCGUCAGUGUUCAGUGAUGUCCGUUUCACAACAGAGCCGAGCGAUGUCAUCGUCAACCGGGGUGAGGCGGCCAUCUUUAACUGUGGUGUCCAGUGCAGCACGACGACGCCGGCUGUGUCGUGGCUGAAGGACGGUAAACCAAUCAACCUGGACAGUGGGAGGUAUACCAUUAUUGCCAAUGGCUCCCUACUGAUCACGGGUGUACAACAUUCACGUACAGCCCCACGGGUCUCAGACAAGGGGAUUUACCAGUGUGUGGCAUCCGUGGACAAUGUUGGUCAAAUUGUCAGUCGUAAAGCACAACUAGAUAUUGCACAUUUAUCAAAAACAUUCGACAUUCAACCCCAUGAUAUGACUUUAUAUUUACGGGAUGUAGCAAUGUUCCGAUGUGAAAUAGAUGGGGCGCCGCCCCCUAAUAUUACGUGGUAUAAGGAUGGAAAUCCACUUCAAGAUAGAAAUAACAUUAGAAUAUUUAAUGAUGGUGUUUUAGAGAUUAAUCCUGUAGAAUUUGGAGAUUUUGGAUCAUAUCAUUGUUUCGCUGAAAGUUUAGAUAAAGUGAAAGCAAGGUCAAGUGAAACAGCAAGAUUACGACAGAUUGCUGAUAUAGAUAAAAUAAAUAAGGGAAUUGAGCCGUCAUUUGUGAUGCGGCCACAAAACACUUGGGCUGAAGUUGGAACUACUGUUGUCCUCUUUUGUGGUGCAAAUGGCCAAGCAAAAGAGGGGAGACAACCCACUAUAUCAUGGCUGAAGAACGGUAUCACCAUAGAUUUUACGCAGACACAAGGCAGACUAACUGUUGUAGGGGCGGGGAGUUUGCAGAUAUAUCAAGUACGUGAGGAAGACUCUGGCACCUUUACAUGUCGAGCUGAAAAUCCUAUCGACUCAGAGGAUGCAGACGCAACCCUCACAGUGCAAGUUCCUCCAUUAUUCCGUGAACAGCCAGCUAAUCACGUAGCUCAGGUAAACACUGAUGUUCUGUUCCUUUGCGACAUUUACGGUGUACCAGUGCCAGAGACACAAUGGUUCAAAAAUGGCCAACGAGUGAAAGAUCUCAAUGAAUCAGAUUACUUUCAAAUCGUAGACAACAAACAUCUGAGGAUUCUGGGAUUGCUGAAGAAAGAUGAAGGGAUUUAUCAAUGUUUCGGAGAAAACUCACUAGGCAGCGUCCAGCGAAGUGCUCAACUGAUAGUUGUUGAUCCAAAGGUCUCCCCUCCCACCCCCUCUUCCUUCACACGGCCUAUACAUCAUUUAGGCGGCAUCUACGGUGACCUGACACGCCUUCCCUCUGAGCCAAGAGAUUUGAGAGCAGCCAUCGUUUCACGGAGGUUUGUCACCUUGUCAUGGAACCGACCCAGGUCAAUCGGUGAAGGGGAGACAACCCAACUGACUUACUCUGUUUAUUGGAAGGAGAUGGGAUCUGAAAGGGAGAGAGUGAUGAACAUUACACAACUAGGGGCUAAUAUACAGCAUCUGAAACCCAACACUGCAUACAAGUUCCGUCUUCGCUCGUACAAUGGAUAUGGACCAAGCCCAAACUUUGCUAGGAUUUCAAUCACAACAGAGAAGGAUGUUGAUGUACCAAGCCCUCCUACAAACGUCCGAGUGACUGCACUCUCCUCGAGGGCAAUUCACAUUGAGUGGGAACCUCCAGUCAAUGCCAAAGGGAUAAUUAGCAAGUAUGUUGUCAUAUCGUACGAAGUUGGCAAGGACAGUGGGGAGAACCGAGAGGAAGUCUUAGCUACUGAGUAUACAUUGGAGAACCUAAAAAGCUUCCGGGAGUACAGCUUCCGUGUUUUUGCUAGUAACGAGAUCGGAGAUGGAACAAGUUCUAAGGAAUACACUUGUAGAACAUUCUCUGCUAAACCGAGUGACACGCCAAAAAAUUUCUCUGUGGAAACUUCCAGCUCAGAGAGUAUCAUUGUCAGAUGGGAACCUCCACCAGCCGACGCCCAAAAUGGCGUCAUCACAGGUUAUAAAAUUAAGUUCAAGAAACGAGGUGACAGUCGUGCUGAAACCGUGACAACAGAUGGAAACAGACGUCUGUACGCACUUACAGAUCUAACAAAAGAUACGGAAUACCAGGUGAGAAUCUCAGCACUUACUGUCAAUGGAAGUGGACCGUACGUUCGCUGGCACAGAGCUACCACCUAUCGCGAUGAUCUUGACGAGACAAGAGUUCCCCCACCUCCAAGGUUGAUCCGUGUUGUGCCAUAUGACACGUCCAUACGAGUAUCAUGGUCAGCCCCAGAUCCCGAGUCUAAGAUUUUGGUACGAGGUUACAUACUGGGGUAUGGCAAGGGAGUACCUGACUCGUACCGCCUUACAUUGGACGCUGACAAUCAUGUUUAUACAAUAGAUAAUCUUCAACCAGCAUCACAGUAUGUUAUCACUGUGUUAGCUUUCAAUAAUAUUGGAGACGGGGAACCCAAGUACCAGACUGCGGUCACCAGUGAAGAGACAGUCACAGAACAAGUGACUCCAAUGAUGCCUCCUGUUGGCUUAAAGACGAUUGUGUUGUCAUCGUCAACAGUUGUACUGACUUGGGCAGACACAUCUUUAGGGAAGUCACAAACCGUUACAGAUAGCCGUUACUAUACAGUACGUUACACAUCGCUGCCCAAUAACAAUAAACGUUACAAAACUAUCAACUCAACGGACCUCAAUGCCCACAUUGACAACCUCAAGCCCAACACACGCUACGAGUUCUCAGUCAAGGUCAUCAAAGGUCGCCGUCAAAGCACGUGGAGUAUGAGUGAAAUUAAUGUCACACAAGAAUCAGCACCAUCUACAGUACCAAGAGACCUGACCCCUGUUCCAAAGGAAGACAACCCCACAGCUGUUACAAUGAAUUGGCAACCUCCCCAGAAACCUAAUGGGCAGAUCACAGGGUAUCUAUUGCUCUACACAACUGACCAGAGCCAAAGUGACCGCGACUGGGUGGUUGAAGGAGUGUUAGGAGAGAAGCUGUCCACCACUGUCAAGGGUCUCACACCAGACACCACUUACUACUUCAAGAUACAGGCUAGGAAUAGUAAAGGUUAUGGUCCUAUGUCCAGCACGAUCAUCUACAAAACUCCAGCAAAAGAUGGUACAGGUGGAGGAAAGAUCAACCCAAACUUUAUUGCUCCAGAGAUUAAUUACAACCCCAACGUGAACGAUGUAGAUGAACAACCCCAGGAGGACGAUGAUAAACAAAACGAUGCUGGCGGCCUUUCCACCAAUGUUGUCAUCAUCAUUGUGACAUGUGUAGUGGGUGCCUCUUUCUGUAUCGUGAUCAUCGUCGUUGCCAUUGUAUUGUGUCAAAAACGAGACAAUGGAGAACGCAAUAAACGGCCUCAAGCCGCCCAGCAACAGUCCCCUAGUAAAGGCAAGAUGGCACAGCGGGACUUAAAGAAACCUGAUCUAUGGAUAGACCAUCAACAACAGUUUGAAUUAAAAAAUGUUGAUAAACCAGAAAGGAGUGAAUCGAUGUUGACGAUGAGUACAUUACGACGAAACUCUGUAGACGGAAAUAAAUCGAUAGACGAUUUGCCUCCAUAUCAUCCCGACAUUGACAAAGAAUAUCCAGAAAUAACUUACCAUCCCCAUGGUAACCAUGAGGAUCGCUACACGCCUAUGAGGCAGCAACCGAUACAGCACCCACCGUCAGGGCUGAUUCGACCCAAAGCUACAAAACCUCCGAUGAUGAUCGGCGUAGAUUCACAGCCCUCUCAUCGUGAACCCAUUGCCAUGGUGACAGCUUUACAAAGUAGUCAGAUGGGUCAGAUGGAUUCACCUCACGGUAUGAUGUCUCACUCGCGACCAGGCUUCCCGCGCACUCAGUACAACAUGCCGUACACGACGUCACCACGCGUCAAUCAAGACCAUUCUCAUAAUAUGCAUGGGAUGCCAAUGGACCAUAAUUAUCUUGUGUCUGCCCUGGAUGACGAUGAGUCGAGUGUCAACGAUCCACUCUUGGACGAACCUUACAACGCUCGAGUUGGAUAUGGCCUUAAGUCGCCCGAUAUCUGCCCCAAGCAGAGCCAUAGUCUUCCCCACCUGGCUGGGCACGGGAUUAACCCUAAUAUGGGGUCAGGGUCUCAUCCCCACCCUCAGGGGUUGAUUCCCCAUACCCCCCACAAGGGUCAGCCGACUGCCAUUAUCUCGCCCGACCAACAGCUGCCUGGCGAGAGCGAGGAACAUAAAAGUUUACCCCGAUCCCUCCACCGACAUCCGCUGCGGAGCUUUUCCGUGCCCAGUCCCCCGCCCCCAGGCAGUAACCCCCUGUCCAGUGUCCAACACGCCCCAAAACACCAAAUAGUAAAGCCUCAACAGACGUCAAGUCCGUAUAAAAAGCCGACGCCUCCUAUAUCCAGCGUCCCUAUUAAACCACGUACAACGAUGCCUAUUAUUAGCACCCCUAAGGCACCUGAUGUGGUCCUUAAAGGGAGCCAAGAAGAUCCAGACCUUCAGAAGUCGGUCAGUACCGAGGAACUGACAGCAGAGAUGGCUAAUCUUGAUUGUCUAAUGAAGGAUCUUAAUGCCAUCACGCAGCAGGACUUUGAGUGCUAACCCAUCAUAUUCCACAUCAUCACAAGGGCAGACAACUCACAGACUUCUCUCCAUAGGAGUUCAUAGAAGUGUGGAUAAUUUACCUGAAAGAGUUCCUAUUCAAGGGCAGAUAACUUAUCUACAUAAUUAUAUCAUUACAUAAAAGACAUUUUAUUUGUUAAGGAGUGUAACUCGUCAAGUCAUUGUUUCAUUUUAAUGUAGGUAUUUUCACCUCAUGUUUCAUUCUACAAUCAACAGCAGGGAUACAGUCCUGAGUUGUCACCACUGCUUAACCCUAACGAAUCAUUAAAGAAAAUGGCAUCAUUGAAACAAACAUGUACAAAACCAACAUUUCCAGGUUUUUUAAAGUAUGCUGAUUCUAAGAUUGACUAAAAAAUUAUAUGAUCAGACAACUGUGCAUUGUUUAUGAUGUCACUUCCUGUCGCUGUUGUGAUGGUGUCACACGCUGUUUUCAUGAUGAUGAUGAAGAAACUUCAUGUGAAAGUGACAGUGAUGUCACUUCCUGUUUAAAUGAUAGUGAUAUCACUUCACAUCAAAGUGAUGGUGAUGUUACUUCCUGUCUAAAUGAAAGUGAUGUCACUUUCUGAAGAAGUGAUUUUUUUACCACUUCCUGUCAAUAUGAUGUCACUUCCUGCUGUGACUACUUCCUCAAAAGAAUAUUUGCAUGGGUGCGAGAAUAUGCAUAUAUGUGUGUUAUGUAAGCGAACUUGUCUGUGAAAUACGACAAGGUAUUAACUUGCUGCAUGAAUUUCAUAGAUAAAACAAUAUGACCUGUUUUAGAUAUAAGACCAAUGACCAUUUAUAAAAUUCACUCUGAGUGCAGGGAUCUCACAUUUCACUAGACCAUCCUAAUGCUGACAUAGUAUGCCAUUUUACCAAGUAAUUUAAAUAUUAAUUUUCAAUUUAUUGAACAUCAAUCCAUAGAGGUUCUUAAUUGUAAUUAAAGUUGAUUAUUGAAUCUAAUUGAGACUUUCUUGUCUGUUACUGAUCCUCGAUUUUUUCUUUUAAGUGAUUUUAAUCUUAUUCAAUUUAUACAAUAUUUUAACAUAUUUACAGAAAUUUUUUAGAUUUUUUACCCUGAGUCUUGACAACUAUGAAUAAACUGUUUUUUCUAUAGAUAUGCGUUUGUUUUUGGUUGAGAAAAGUAAAUAAAAAGUAUUUGAUGGAUCUGUCUUAUUGUGUUUAGUUAAUAUUCUUGAUGUCAAAAGUGUUGUGAUAGAAAAAAGUUAUUUUUAUUUUUUGUUUUAUAGUGAGCCAAAAUGAACACGUUGUUGUAGUUUAGCAGUUCAAUAGGUUGUAUUGAAUGUAUUAGCUUGAACACCUUCCAAGAUGUCAAAUGUUUUUGUUUGUUAUGAUUUUCCAAAUGUCAACUCAGAAAGAGUAUUUAUAAUUAAAUCUUGAUUGAUUUUAUCGUUUGAUGAUUUGAUUUAAAGACUUUUAUGUGACUUUGUUUCCCCCAUACAUUCACUGUGGUCUUUUUAAACAUAUUAUACUUUAGACAAAAGUUUCAUCUGCUGAUGACCAUUUUUUAGGCUAAGAAUUUUUCAAAGGUAUAAAUAUAACCAUCUGAAUGUUUCUUCAUCAAAAGAAUUUAAUAAAAUUUGAGUAUAAAAUGUGUACACAGAAAAGAUUUAUAACAAAGGGAGGUAACUUCCAUGAUAACUGAAUUGAUAACCAGCUGAAUGUUUCUUUAUCGAACGAAUUUAAUAAAAUUUGAGUAUAAAAUGUGUACACAUAAAAGAUUUGUAACAAAGGGAGGUAACUUCCAUGAUAACUGAAUUGAAAACCUGAUUGUUACUUCCCAUCACCUGCUAAAUGUGAAGUGUUAUUUUGUUCAUAUUAAGAGAAAAGUGAAUUUAUAUAUAACUUGUGUUCUGCUUACAUAGAAGUAUUCCUGCUGUCAAUGAGUUUUGCCCUGACUUCAUGUCAUGUAUAUCAAUAUUACACUCAUUUUAAAGAAAAAUAGGUUGUAAGUCGACGGUGAAAUAAGGCCAUAUCAUUUAUAACAAAACACAUGAAUUUUGUUUCAUUCAUGUAUGCUGGCAUAUCUAUGAUGUUGAAAUACAUGCGUUACUUGUAUGGAUGGUUGUGAAAGUUUACGAGAGAGCUGUGCAGGUUGCUGGAGUUGACAAGUUUACACGUGUGAUGUAUGUCUGCCUAUUAUAGAUAAACUUGUAUCAAAUUGAAUAUUUUUAUAAUGUAUCAUUUUAUCGUAAAUAUGUGACAAAAAUACCAUGUUUUUAUGUGACACUGAUCUUAGGUACAAGUAUUGCUUGGUGCUUUUUGAAUUCACCAUAGAGCAGAUAAUAUUUUUUAGCAUCAUUUUAUUUAAUUUCUUAUUGAAUCAGAUUUGGGAUCAUACAGUUAAUAAAUGUCAUUUCAUCAAAUUUUGAAUUUAAGGAACAGGAGAGGAAAACAUGAGAAAACAAAAUUCUGCUCGGAAUUGAGAUUGACAUCGAGGUAAAUAUUCUAAAAUAAUUUUUAAAAAAUACUGCUUUAUGGUGAUUUGCUAAACAGGUCCUUAUAUGAAUUUUACUUCUACAUCCUUCUUGUAAAAUAUUUGAAUGAAAUUAAUAAAUGUUGAGACAAAAAAAUUAUCAAGACCAUGAAAAAUAGAAAUUAAAAGAUGAAUGAUGAGAAGAAAAAAUAACAGGAUCACAAAAUCAUUGAGAAUUUUUGGAUUUCUGUUUUUUUUUUUUUUUUUUUUUAAAUCGGAAUAAGGUAGUAACAUUUUAAUGAUUAAAUAAAAUAUUCAGUUUUGAUGUAAAUUAAAUUAGAAAUAAAUAAAAUGAUAUUCGCAAGAGAAAGAAGGAUGUACUAGUAUUGUAGAGUUGAUGAUGUACCUAAACCGAACCAGUUCAACCUGCUGGCAACUUAAUGUGAUGUCACAUCGCAUUCAUAGUCAGAUGAAUGUUUAGGUUGAAAGCUUGUAUUAUGUUUUAAUUUUUGAUGGUUGAAAAAAAUAUAAAACAAAAUAAAUAUCUUUAGCAUAGUUUUUGUGUCAAUAUUGUAAAUUUUAUUUUUUUCUUUUCUUUUUUUUUUUGUUUUUUUUUUUUUUUUUUUUUGUAAAUAGAUUUUUACCAACCCAGGACUGUGGUGAAGUGGAGGUGAAUAUUUAUUUGUAAAUAAAUGCAAGGUUGAAAUAAACUUGUGAGAAACUAAGGUGAAUUAUUUCAUUCUGAAGUUUUCACUUGUAAACAGUUAUGGACUCUGGCUGAGGGGGACAGGGAGUUUUCUACAACAUCAUGAUGUUCUAAAGAUUCAAAAACAAUCUUAUUCGUCUGGAUUUUACUGUAAAUUUUUUUUGUUUGGUGCUCAAAUUUCAUAGUACAAAAGCAAUCACAAAACCCAUUAAUAAUGAGAAGAAAAAAACAUUUCGUAUAAUUCCCUGGAAAACAGAUUUCAUAUUGGCAUUAAGUUG